GACAGUGAAAAUCCUAACAACUGGAAAAGCUUUUUCUAUUUUCUUCAUUCCUCAGUCGCACCACCCUCUCGGGCCUCUGCUAUUCCUGCAGCUCUCUACUCUCUCCAACUCCACAAAAACCCUAAAUCUCUCCCAUUCGCUUUUUACAGAAACUAAAGAAACCAGCCUCUUCCUUUUGAACAUCCUAAACUAGGGUUUGAUCACAUUUCUCAAGCAAUAUCUUGAUAGAAAUCAACCAGUGGGUGUGUUUUGGAAGCAGAAGCUCAUUCUUGCCAUCUAAUUAGUACUCAAUAAAGGUGCCUUUCUUUGGUAAGUUGAACUGAAUAAGUACCCGGGCUUCUUUAUUCGAACAAUGUAGUAUUGUUUCUCGGCAUUCCCGAUAAAUCACGCUCUUUGGCACGCGGAUCGUGUUGAGGAGGAGAUAAUUAGGGAGCUACAUAUUAAGAAAUGGACGACACUGACUCGAGCGACAGCUGGGAUUUUCAAGACGAAGAUGGACCUUGUUUUUCAUCCAAUGGUUCAAAUUCGGUGAUUCCUAGUCGAGGAGCUAGUAUGUGUGGUGCUGAGGGAAGUACGUCAAACCAAUCCCGCUCUAAGGCAAUCUCUCAUUUUACUGAAAUGGGCUUUUCCGAAGAUUUAGUAAUUAAAACAGUUGAUGAAAAAGGAGAAGAGAACACAGAAGCAAUAUUGGAAACUCUACUCGCAUAUACGGCUCCUGAAGAAUGUGCUUCACAAGGUGAACCUGUCCUUUCCCAUUCAAGUUCUCCAGAAUUUGAAUGGGAUAGUCUUGACGACCUUUCGGAUUUUUCAGACGCAGAGAGCUGUCUCCAAAAUGAGGAAUCUGUGCCUGAGACAAAAAUGAUGCAGUUAGUGGCUAUGGGAUUCUCCAUCGGCGAAGUUUCAGCUGCCAUCAACUCAUCUGAUCCAGAUACCUCUAUUGCAGAUCUUAUGGAUUUUAUAUCUGCUGCUCAAAUGGCAGAGCCAACUUCUGAUCAUCCGCGUGAACUACCUCUUGAGGGCCGUGGUCCUCCUGAUGUCAAGAAAAAGAAGCUCGUUAAACAGGAAUUUCAUCGGGGAAGAGAGAUAAGGGCUUGGAGAAGCAGUAGAAAGGAAGAAAUGGAGAAGAGGAAAAGAUAUCUGUCACCUGUUGAAGAUGAUUUUAUAAAGAUCCCCCAACUAAUGAAUGGAUUUGGGGUUCCAGGGCAUCCAAGAAUUGGGUUUAAGAGGAAGCUGCCGGAUGUAGCUAUUGGCCCUCCUUACUUUUACUUCGAAAAUGUGGCUCUUGCUCCAAAAGGCGCUUGGAGUAGCAUUUCUCGGUCCCUGUUCAACAUUGAACCGGAAUUUGUGGAUUCUAAAUACUUCUGUGCAGCUGCACGAAAAAGGGGAUACAUCCAUAACCUUCCAACUGAUAACAGAUUUCCCUUACUUCCGAUUCCUCCAUUGACAAUUGCAGAGGCUUUACCACUGUCAUCUAGAUGGUGGCCUUCUUGGGAUGUCAGAAAACAGUUCAACUGCCUACUUACAUGUUACGGAAGUGCGCUAGAGACAGAGAGGAUACGGAAAGACCUCGAAGGCUGGCAAGGAGACCCUCCUGAACAUAUUCAAAAGCGAGUUCUUAACAAAUGUCGAAAAUGGAACUUCGUUUGGACAGCGAAAAACAGUGUUGCUCCACUUUUGCCCGAGGAGGUAGAACUAAUGCUGGGUUAUCCUAGGAAUCAUACUAGAGGUGGUGCUACUUCUCAGGCUGAGAGAUAUAAAUCAUUGGGUAACUCAUUCCAGGUAAAUACUGUGGCAUUCCAUCUCUCCGUCCUGAAGAAUCGUUAUCCAAAUGGAAUUUCGGUGUUGUCGCUCUUCUCUGGCAUUGGAGGUGCCGAGAUCGCGUUACAUCAACUUGGCAUCCCCCUGAGAUUCGUUGUCGCUGUCGAAAUUUCUGAAGUAAGUAGAAACAUCUUUAGAGGUUGGUGGGAGAACACAGACCAGAAGGGAAUUCUAAUAGACAACAUCAAUGAUGUGACUAUGCUCACGGCUAAUAAGAUAGAAAAGUUGGUCGAUUACUCUGGUGGGUUUGACUUGGUUAUAGGUGGAAGCCCCUGUAACAAUCUUACAGGAAGUAACAGGUGGCACAGAGACGGUCUUGACGGGAAACAAUCUGUUCUUUUCUACGACUAUUGUCGGGUACUGAACACUGUUAAACGUCUUGUGAGGGAAAACUAGCAACAGAAGAAAGCUGCACUCCCACCCCAACAACUUAUAGAAGAAUCACAUACUAGGAUCUGCUGGUUCUGAGAACAUUUAAUAUUUCUGUAGGAAGGUUAAGGUUAUAAAAGCAGUGGAGUGUUGCUUUUUUUUGGGCCCGAGGCUAACAUACUUUUUUGUUGUGAUGGUGCCUCAAGUGAGUGAGGACCCUGGAAGGCUAUAUUGUUUUAUUGGUAGUAGUAGUAGGGGAGAAUUUGUGUAUGCUGCUGAAUCAGGUGGUUUCCGUUUGGUUUCAAACUUCAUUGAAGUGGUUUUUGCCGUCAUCGAAAGACUGUUAAGGGUGAUAGGGCAAUCAGAUUCUGUCACAAUGUAAAGGCUUUCAUUUCAGGAAAUGUACUCUGGAUUAUGUUUUUUUUUUGUUUUUUAUCAAGAUGGUCCAGAAUUAGGAAGGAGAUUCUAGCAAUCCAAUUCAGACAUGGUUUUAAGGAGAUUCUGGCCAAGAAGGGUGCUAGCUAGUGUAUCCAGAGGUCAGGUUGUAGAGUUUACUGUCAGGCCAACUAUUUUUUAUAGACUUUGAAUGGCUAAGUGAAGUUUACUUGAGUUUUUUGUUAAAAGAUGUAAAGGGUAUUUAGUCCUUCUGGACUGUUAAAUUUCUGUUUUGUCUUUUGGUUUCUUGUUGGUUACCUCUGCGGUUAAUUAUUGACUUAGCAUGGAAGAAUCACAUAGUAGCCUACUUGGUGAAUAGAUGGUCUAAGCUGUGACUUGUUUGUUUCUGUUUUUGUUUUUCCGCAGAAUUAUGAUUUUGGACAACAACUGCAGAAGAAUAACAUCAAUGAUCAGAAAAAUUACCACCCAGCCUGAGCCGGACACGAGGUUUGAA